GUGAUAUGAUAUUAAAUAAAUCUGAUUAUAAUCAAUUAAAAGAAAAAAAAUCAUUGAAUUUUUUAUGUGAAAAUGCAUUGAAUACUAAUUUUUCUCACGUUGAAUAUUUAGAGCCAUGUAGAUGUACUAAUAGUUUCAAAAGAGUAAAAAGAAAUGAUCAGAAUGAGGAGAAAAAGUCUAUAGUCACUUCAACUAUAAAAAAUAUAAAACAACCUUACAAAGAAAUAAAUGUAGACAUAAACAAUAAUCGAUUAGCCUUGAGAAUCCAAAGAUAUUCAGUAAUAGAUCAAGAGAAAUAUGAUCCACCUUGCGAAUGCAUUGAAGAAGCUUUAGAUGAUCCACUGGAAAAAUCAUCAUUAAGCAAAAUGAAUGAAAACAUUACUCCAAAACCAGAAAAAUUAUUAUUCGAAGUUGCUCUACCCACUGAUGAUCCAAAAUUAAAUGACAGACUUCAACUAACCACUAAAAGUGCCCAUUUACCAGAAAAUGCAGAAACAGAUCAACCUCAAAGUGCAUAUAUUUUGCGAAUUAGAAGAAGAGCUGAAACAAGAGACAAAAAAAGAGAAAAUAUUGAUUUAGAAUUUCGAAUACCUUGAUACUUUAUUAUCAUCUGGACCAAUUGAGUCCAAAAAAAAUGUUAAUAAAUUUUGAUUACUGUUACUGAAGAAGUAACAAAAUCGUGAAGAAUCAAAACACAUCAAAAUAUGGUUUUUUGAAAAAUUGAAUGUUUUAAUUGGAUACUGUAGUUGAUCAAAAAUUUCUCACGACAAGUUUAAAUUCACACAAUAAGAAUAAUAAUAAUAAUAACAAGAAGUUUUAGAAGUCAGUCAGGUGCCAAUAAAUAUGAAUGGACAAUAACACUAUAUGCUUACAGGUCAUUCAUUCUUUUUCGUAGACACCCGCCCACAAUACAGGCCCGUUUUUGACUCAUAAAAGUAGGAGUGACAUCCACAUAAUAAGAAUGAGAAAAACGAGAAGCAGGACGACUGUCUUGAAUAACCAAUUCUUUAAUGUCAUUUGAUAAGACACAGAAGUAUGUGUGUAUUACACAUGAGUACUAUACAUCAUCUAUAUUAAUCCAUGCCAAUACACACCGGCUGAUAACAAGCAUGACUUAUGAUAUACAUCUACCGGACAUGCGUAUAUUUAUCUAAAACUAAUUUUGUCACUUGAAUGAAAAAAUGACGUAAAUAAAGGUGUAAUUUAUGAUCAUCAUGAGAGAAUGAGUUCUGUAUAUAAACAGUUAGAUUGUUGUGGAAAGCAUCAGACAUCGGUUUCUCUUCAAGCAUUCCGAUUGCAAAUAAUCAUUACGAUAAUCACGAUGGCUAAAAUGUCACAGUUUUCUUUUGUAUCUUUUGCAUUAAUUGUAUUCGCUACAUGGGUUAAUGCUGAUAAUUGCUAUCCUGAUUCAUGCAAUGGACAAAUG